AUGUCUUCCUCGAAUUCUAAUAACCAACAUCCUUCAUCCUCCUCCGCCGACCUUGCGUCCCAGUCAAAUCCCAAUGUUCAUCUGGACCCGAACAACGGAUACGCCCCCAGCGACAACCAGCUUGCGGGUUUGGUGGAAGCAGCAACCGCUGCUGCAGGCCAAGAUGUCUCCCCUCAGUGGGCUGCCGCUGUUGCCACCGCUGCUGGGGUAGCGGGACAUCACCAAUUGGAUGGUUACGGCGCAGACAUGCAUCUUGGGGACGAUGGGUUCGGUGAUGCGAACUUCGGCGCUGGAAUGGGAGGUGGCAGGCACUUGAGAGUACCGAAUGACCACUCCCAAGGGUCUGGACUAUCUCGCACCGUAUCAAAGAAACGGAAGAGGAACGAUGAUAAUCUCGACCCCGCGCUGGCCGGAGCUGGCCUCUCUGGAGCGCAACAGCAGAAUUCGCAACAAUCUCAGCAAGCCCAGCAAGCCCAGCAUGGCUAUGCUGGCGAUAACAUUGAUAUCCGUCCCGUGCCACCACAGUCACUCUCCGAAGCGCGUGCAGUGGGUGUUCAUUCUGCAGCAGCACUGUUUCGCCAACCAUCAAGCAACAAAAAGUACACUCGCCCCCCAAUGUCGAAGCUGUUUGCGUCACUUGAACUGUCGCCUGAAAACUUCUUGCACCUCCAAGCUGCAGCCAAAGGAUUCAUGUUGGACGAUGAUCACCCCGAACGGCGUGACUGCGUUGGUCAGCGCGGGAAGGGAGACACCGAAAUGGUCAAGCUGCGACUAUGGAACUGCGUUUCACAUUUCCUUGAGGCCGAGGGAAAUGGCGAGCGAUUCUUCGGAGAAGAUGUUGUGAACGAGGGCAUGGGUCCUAGAACCUAUAUUUGGCCCCACGACAAGCAAAAAAUCAUUUCGUUGGUCAUUCCUCUUUUGAGACGAAUGGUCACCAACGAACGGCAACGCCAAUAUGCGAUUGAAACACGCAAGGGAGGCGGCACAGAAGAGCGCCGGCGCCGCAAGACCAAUGAAAGCUUCCAGGAUUUGGAUGGCCCUCGUUUCUCUCCAGAGCAACAGUUGCAGCAGAUGCACAAUCAGAGCCAAUCGAUGCCCCCGCCGCCACCCCCGGGACAGGCCGCCCAGGCGGCGAUCGAAUCAGAUCAAAUUAUGGAUAUUGGUUUGGCUGACCUGCUCUUGGAUGGAUACACAGUGGACUGGAACGAGAUUGCCAGAUCCUAUGAUAUGUAUAACCACGACUAUGAACUGGAUAACCUCUGGUCUCUCUCCGGACUUCAGCAGCCUGACUGGCGUGGCCUGGUUGCAGCUGUAGAUAGCCACUACCAUGUUGUCCACAACGGUGAUUACGAGUGCCCACCCGGCUGCGAGAAGGCAAAUGUCGACCGCAUUAUCCAUGCUGAUGCGACGGCAAAUCUUUCAUGGCGCAUUGGAGGAGGUCGCAACCUGCCUGCGCGUGACGAAUUCGCCAGCAGUAUCACCCGCGACGUCUCGCGGAUAAUUCGCGAGAACAUUGCCGCAAGACAUGGUGCCCCACCGACCUCUCACGUACCAGCAGGAGCAGAUCACCAAUUCCACCCUCAGCAACCAUUCGUCCCAAUCCAAGACUCGAAGCCCCACUUGGCUGCUAAUGUCGCUACCUCCAACACCAAUUCCCACACGCAAAUCUACCUCCGCAUCAAUGUGCUCCAACACGGAAAACGCAUUCUUCCCCGACUGGACGUACCAGCGGGCCAUUGCCCUAACGUCCAUACGAUCAAGGAGUCGGUUCUCCGCCGCUAUCACGGCCAGAUUCCAGGCCUACCACUUCUACAGGGAUCAGACAAUAUUGAUCAGCAAAUACAGGAUUCCACUGCGGCUGCAAGCUGGAAGGUCAAGGCCUUGCUGCCGGAUGGCCUUGUUGAUGUCCAGAGCGAGAAAGACUGGGCCUUUGCUCUCCUCUCUGCGGAUACAGUGGACUGGAUGGACGGCGACUUGAAGAUUCUCGUUGAACUUGAAGGUGGUAAUACCCAGUAG